AUGUAUAAAGAUGAAACAGAUUCUGAUCAAUCAUCUCCUCUCACUAAGGCGAUUCUUGAUAAUAAAGGAUCAAAUGUGACAGAAGAUGAAAUCAAAGAAUUUACAUCAAAUUUAGAAUUAGCUCAUGUUUAUUUAGAAAAUGGAAAAUAUCCUGAAUACAUUUCCUGCACCAAUAUUAUCAGAAAUAUGAUCAUGGAAAAGUCUGUUUUGCUGACUCAAGUAGAUUUAUAUAAAGAAGUUCCAUUUUAUUUGGAAUCACUGACGAAAUGUAUAGAAACUAGACCUGUUUCACUGUUGAUAUUGUCAUCCUUAAUUUGUAGAUAUGAGGAAGUUGUAGAAAUUCUCAAAAACACAAACAUUUUCGAGAUUUUUUCCGAUAUCUUUGCUGAUAACAAUAACACCAAUGUAACUUCUAGCCUAUUUGAGUUUAUUUAUUAUAUAUUUAAGAGAGACAGUUCUGCUAUUGAAGAAUUCAUAAAAAUUGAUGGAUUAGGAUAUAUUAUUCAUGUUCUCCAUAGUUUAUCAUUUAUUGAUGAAGACACAAGUGAAAUGAUUGAUAAUAUUGGAUACACAAUAAUAAUAUUGGUAGAUAAUGUUCCGGUUACGGAAAUUGAAGAUUUUUUAAUGGAAUGCACACAUAGUUUCAUAUGUUUUCAUAAGUAUCAAGUUGCAUUCUAUGUUCUUUAUUACACUAUCAUCAAUUUAGGAGAAGAAGGAUUUCAAAAAUAUAAAGAUUUUCUUAUCGAAGAUGUGUUCGGAUCAAUAGACUGGAUAAUGAACAAGAUAGGUAUUGUUAUUGAAAAUGAAGAAAAUCCAGAGAAUUCCCAAGAUAUUUCUCCCGAUGAUAUAAUUGAACUGAAAAGAGCAAUUCAAAAUGGCCUUAUAUUAACAGAAGCAUGCAUAUCUAAUUAUAAGUUCAAAGAUUAUUCAAAUGUAUUCAUUUUAGACAAUUAUAUUCAAAUAAUUUUGAAUUUCGAUAAAACAUUUUCAAAAUUAGGUAUGAGAAUACUUAGAGCAUUUAUUCAAUACAAUCCAGGCAUUCUAGAAGAUAUUUUAGAGCGUUCAACACUUAUAAAUGAAUUAUUAACUUUUGAUGAGAAACCAUAUAUACUUCAAGAAGGAAUAAUAUCAUUAAUCUUUACUAUAUUCGAUUAUAUGGAUGCAAGUCAAUAUGAAAAGAUUAGUUCUUCAAUUUGGGAAAAAAUAUUUGAUUAUAUUGAUGAUUGUGAUAGUAUUGAUACCAAUUCCAGAUUGAUUCGAAUAAUAUCUGACUUAGUUUCUAAUGGUUAUAGUAUUGUCAAUUUCUUACCUUAUGAAGAAAUUAUAUCCCAAAUGGAAAUUAAAGAAGAUGCAGAGCCAUGUAGAGAUAGCUUUUUAGCAAUGUAUAAAACCGAUUAUGAUUAUUAUUUUGGAGAUCCAUAA